AUGGCGCAGCCUCAAACCAUCUUCCCUCAGACCCAUGUCGGUUUCGACAGCAUCACGUCCCAGAUUGAGAAGAAGCUCCUGAAGAGAGGCUUCCAGUUCAACGUCAUCUGCGUCGAUCACAGUCGCUGGCCUAGCAAGCUGGCUGCUUGUCCCCCUACGUCGCGUCGGCAGUCGACUGAUUGUAUCUCGUAUUUCCAUGAUAUAGGCCAGACUGGUUUGGGCAAGUCGACCCUGAUCAACACCAUCUUCGCCUCCCACCUCAUCGACUCCAAGGGUCGUUUGAUGCCCGAUGAGCCCGUCCGCUCCACCACCGAGAUCCAGGCCGUCUCCCACAUGAUCGAGGAGAACGGUGUUCGUCUGCGCCUCAACAUCGUCGACACCCCCGGAUACGGCGACCUGGUCAACAACGAUCGCUGCUGGGAUCCCAUCGUCAAGUACAUCAAGGACCAACACUCCGCUUACUUGCGAAAGGAGCUCACCGCUCAGCGAGAGCGUUACAUUCAAGACACCCGCAUCCAUGCCUGCCUCUUCUUCAUCCAACCCUCGGGUCACUCCCUGAAGCCCAUCGACAUCGUCGUCCUGAAGAAGCUGUCCGACGUCGUCAACGUCGUUCCCGUCAUCGCCAAGUCCGAUACCCUGACCCUCGAGGAGCGUCAGGAGUUCAAGGAGCGUAUCAAGGAGGAGUUCGCUUUCCACAACCUCAAGAUGUACCCGUACGACAACGACGAGUUUGACGACGAGGAGCGCAGCCUGAACACCCAGAUCAAGGAUCUCGUUCCCUUUGCCGUCGUUGGCUCCGAGAAGUCCAUCAUUGUCAACGGCAAGCAGGUUCGCGGUCGCCAGAACCGAUGGGGUGUCAUCAACGUUGAGGACGAGAACCACUGCGAAUUCGUCUACCUGAGAAACUUCCUUCUCCGCACCCAUCUCCAGGAUCUCAUCGAGACCACCUCGCAGAUUCACUACGAGACUUUCCGUGCCAAGCAGUUGCUUGCGCUCAAGGAGAGCAGCGCGCACGGUGGCGGUAGCAGACCCAUCAGUCCUGCUGCCGACCGCGAGCUCAGCCGGAACUCUCAACGAAUGACCCUGAACGGAUACUAG